UAUGAGUCAGUGAUAACUCUAGGUAACGAGGCCAUCGUGCAUCACAUAGAAGUGUUUGAAUGUUCACCGGACAUUCGCGAUGUUCCAGAGUACAGCGGCUCCUGUGAUGACAAGAUGAAACCGGGCAAGCUCAACUUCUGCCGCCAUGUGCUAGCCGCAUGGGCUAUGGGUGCUGAGGCUUUUUACUAUCCUCCCGAUGCAGGGCUGCCUAUGGGUGGACCAGGUUCCUCUAGGUUCCUUCGUCUGGAGGUCCAUUACCACAACCCUCUCCUUAUAUCUGGCCGUCGUGACUCAUCAGGGAUAAGGUUGCAUUACACCCCUAGUCUGAGGCGGUACGAUGCAGGGAUCAUGGAGCUGGGCCUUGUUUAUACUCCUGUCAUGGCUAUCCCACCCAAACAACACACCUUCUACCUCAAUGGAUAUUGCACCUCUAAGUGUACCCGGACUGCUUUGCCUCCAGGAGGAAUCUAUAUAUUUGCGUCCCAGCUGCACACCCACCUGGCGGGGCGUGGGGUCAGGACAGUUUUGGUGAGGGGAGGCAAAGAGCUGGAGGUGGUUCAGGAGGACCAGCACUUCAGCACCCACUACCAGACGAUUCGAGUUCUACGGAAAAUGGCCAAUGUUUUACCCGGCGACGUCCUCAUAACAAAGUGUACUUAUAACACAGAAGACAGGAGCAAGCCUACAGUGGGAGGUUUUGGCAUCAUGGAGGAAAUGUGUGUUAACUACAUUCACUACUACCCUCGAACUAAGCUGGAGCUGUGCAAGAGCCAUGUUGACCCAGGAUACCUGCAGAAAUACUUCAACUUCAUUAACAGGUUCCACGGAAAUGACCACUGUGUGUGUGGAGAGGUUAGUGUGACGGAGCAGUAUUCUCAGCUACAGUGGGACGCAUUCACUGGAGAAGUGCUGGACUCCCUUUAUAAUACAGCACCCAUCUCCAUGCACUGCAAUCAGUCGACUGCACGCCUCUUUCCUGGAGAGUGGGACAAACAGCCUAUACCAGUGGUUAACUCCAUCCUUGAAAAACCUCGCUACCCCUGUGAGGGAGGAGCACUUCCCACCAGCCGACCCUUCACCCCCCCAGUCUGAGUGAGGGGGCAUCAGGGCACACUUCAGCCCAAAGAGACUACUCCUACUCCUACUAACUACUCCUUCAACAUUUAUUUUGUUGCAUUUUGUUCCCCAUGAUUGUGAUAAUGACUAACAAGCACCAUUAUGACAUGAAACAUUAUUAUGCUAUAUGGGGAAUCAUUUCAUUCUGUAGUAAACUGUUUCAUAAUCACCGGCUUGAGUGGUAAUAACAGUCCAUCACUUUUUAUAGUAUUACACUUGUAAUUUUCACCCUGUUUUGCGACAUGCCCGUGGGUUCUUGCAUUAUUUGUAUGUGUUAAAUAAUAAAUGUCACAAAAACGUUGGCAGUUAAAGAGGGAAUUUAUUAAUACACAAAUUGUUUUGGACAGAAUAAAUGAAUCAUAUCUUUCCA